CAUCUCAUUCUCAUUCUUGCUCACGACUGUCAUCUCAUGUGAAUUCCAAAGUUCUUCUCUCCAAUCUGUUUAGCGCACGCCUACAUCGCAUCACAAGUCACAACUUGCCAUCAGCGAGACAGCAGCUGCAGGAGGAUCGAUCAAUACGACAUGGAGCUGGAGCUUGGGCUGGCGCCACCGAACGCGCACCUCAUGAUCAACCAUCUCGGUAAGCUCAGCUGUUCAUCGGAUUCUUCAAGCGAGAAGAGAGGAUUCAGGGAAGCGUUCCAGGCGACGACUGCCACGUUGCCGCUUUUUGACGACGGCAGCAGCAAGAAGAAGAAGCAGCUGGUCGGGUGGCCGCCGGUGAGCUCCGCGCGCAGCAGGGCGUGCGGCGGCGCCAACUACGUGAAGGUGAAGAAGGAAGGGGAUGCCAUCGGCAGGAAGGUAGACUUGUCUCUCCAUGCCUCCUACGGCGAGCUCCUCGUCACGCUCGGCCGCAUGUUCCCCGCCGCCAACAGCCAAGAAGAGAAGGAAAUCAGCAGCUCCACCAGACCUGUGGUCACCUACGAGGAUGGGGAAGGGGACUGGAUGCUGGUCGGAGACGUGCCAUGGGAUGACUUUUUACGAUCUGUCAAACGUCUGAAGAUACUGGGGUAGUUACAGACCCACGCAAUUCUGGCCGCACUGAGAUAGUAGUACAUGUUUUAUCAAGUUUUUUUUUGGGGGGGGGGGGGGGGGUUGAAACCGUGAAAGCACUUUGGUGUCAAGAGGCAAGGCAGCAGUUUCCAGUAGGGUACCUCCUGUGACAACACGUAUGUGACCGGCUCUUGGUUUCGAGAAUAUUUUCUGAGAGAUUUUCCCAUGUAUUUUGCGCCGUUCAUGCUGCAAAUAAUCCUGUAAUAUAAUAUAACUAGCAAGGUGACUCAUAUUAAUAGUAU